UCUCUUUUUUUUUUUUUAAGAGAAAGACAAACAUGAAUAAAGAUCUGAAAUAGUGAUUUUCUUGUUUUUUUUUCACCAGGAGUAGUAUUAGAGUUUUAGCAUGGCUUGUUCUUGGGUCGCUAAAUUAUCAAAAGAGUUGCUGUGCAAGGAAUUGGGCACUUACUGUCAGCCUCGACAUGGAGAAUUUGGCAACAUAAAUUUUUUAAAUUCGAUGCUUCUAAGAAGGUUUAGCACUGAAGUGUUUGCUUCCGAGCAGAUGAAUCUUAUUAGACAGCUGAGAGAAAAGACGAGCGCGCCCAUAAAAGAGGUCAAGGCAGCGCUUGUUAGUUGUAAUUGGGAUAUUGAGGCUGCACACAAGGACCUGAGAAAGAGAGGGGUGGUGCUUGCAUCGAAGAAGUCGUCACGGACUGCUGCUGAGGGUUUACUUGCACUGGCACAAAAUGACAAUAGGGCUGUUGUAGUUGAACUUAACUGCGAGACUGAUUUUGUUGCAAGGAACGAGAUAUUUCAAUACCUGGCUUCAUCUUUGGCAAAUGCAGCCUUAUCAGUUGAAAGUCCUGUGCAGCAAAUUCAAGCAGCUUUUCCUUUUGGCUCUGAGUACUUGGAGAACAUGAAGAUUAAUUUAGAUCACCCAAAACUUUGUGGUGAAGCAACAGUUCAAAAUGCAGUUACAGAAGUUGCUGCCAUGGUUGGGGAGAAUAUAAAGCUCAGAAGAGGUUUUGCAAUGUCCAGAUCUUCACAUGGUGUUAUCUCAUCUUACCUUCAUACAAGUCCCCACCCAGGAUUGGGCCGUAUUGCUGGAUUGCUUACUUUAGAAGUUGAAGAUGAAAAUGCCGCAUUGGAUGCUCUUCAGCAUGUUGGUUCGUCACUGGCAAUGCACAUAGUGGCAUCGAAACCCUUGUUCUUAUCGAAGGAACUUGUUUCUUCUGAAGCAAUAGAAAGUGAGCGUGACAUACUUAAAUCUCAGGCAGAAAGUUCGGGGAAGUCUCAGAUGGCCAUUGAAAAGAUGGUAGAAGGUCGUAUGAGGAAGUACUUUGAAGAAGUUGUGUUAUUGGAGCAAAAGUUUGUUAUGAAUGAUGGUGUUCAUGUCAAGUCAUUGCUGAAUGAUUUAUCAAAAGAAAUGGGCUCAUCUGUAAAGAUCGGCAAUUUCCUUAGAAUUGAAGUCGGAGAAGGAAUUCACAGGCUUGAAGCUGCGGAGGCACCUGAUGCUGUGGCUCAAGCUGCAUGAUAUCCUAUUACAAUCAUGAUGGGAAUUACAAUUACACCAUGAGGAGAAGAUCAUGACAUCAACAUCCCCUUAUCCACAGCAUUUAAAAGUCUUCUUUAUGUGUAAGAUUAAUAUAAUUUUUAUGACAUGGCUGUUUCUAAAUUUUCCUGCAAGUUUGCUGUUUUUUUUUUUAACAAAAAGAAAAAUUGAUCGCUGAUACAACUUAAAAUAGAAUAAUUGCAUCUAAUAUCCUAUUGUGUAUUGGUCUUCUCAAUGGAAUAGAAUGACUGACAGUAAUAUACGUUUUUGUAAUAUCAACGUGGCAUGUUAACAAUAAACUGCGAUGACACAUUUGUAUGCUUCUCUUUUA